GCGAUAAUAACCGGUGCAGCCAGCGGGACCGGCGAGGCCACUGCACGGCUGUUUGCAGAGCAUGGUGCAUAUGUCAUCAUUGCUGACAUCCAAGAUGAAGUCGGUCACCAAGUUGCAAGUUCAGUUGGCUUUGACCGGGCUAGUUACAGGCAAUGUGAUGUCUGAGAUGAGAAGCAGGUCAAGGAGACGGUGGCAUAUGCAGUGGAGAAGUACGGAGCCUUGCACGUCAUGUACAGCACCGCCGGAAUCAUGGGACCACUGGCCAGCAUCACGGACAUGGACAUAGACGUGUACAACUGCACCCUAGCUGUAAACCUGCGGGGGUCGGCUCUGGCAAUCAAGCAUGCAGCGAGGGCCAUGGUGGCUAGUAAAACCCGCAGCUCGAUUGUUUGCACAGGCAGUGUCUUGUCUAUUCCAGCCGGCAUGAGGCACAACCCCUACACUGUGUCGAAGCAUGGGCUGCUUGGCCUAGUCCGGUCAGCAGCAAGUGAGCUCGGUGCCUUUGGGAUCAGGGCCAACUGCAUCUCUCCAUACAGGCUAGCCGCUCCCAUGGCAUGCGGGCUGAUGAAUCUGGAGCCAGCUGUCGUGGAGGCCAUGAGCGACUUGAAGGGCAUAACAUUGAAGGUUGACUGA